AUGACGAUCAAAACGCGGCCAUCGGGUCCAGCCAAACGCAGAAAGAUUCGAGCUUGCAGGUCCUGUGCUGCCGUCAACGGCCUGGACCAGGAGAAGCACCAGUCUCCUAAAUUCCUGAAGAGCAAAUCCAGGAAGAGACCUGAGACCAGCUCCGCAGACUCAGACCCCGUCCCCAGGCCCAGCGGUGUCUCUCACGUGUCCCAAAGAUCUCUGGGCACUGAAGGACACAGCGGCAAGAGGAAACGAGAGGAAGAGGAUGAGACGGAGAAGGACAGUAAAAAGUCCAGGUCCAAAAGUCCCAUAAGAGGACCGACUGAACAACCGACCCUCAACUCCAAGUACCUGACGCUGCAGCCUCUGUGCAACGGAGGCUUUGGGAGGAUUUGGUCGGGUGUACGCCGUUGCGACAACUUGCCGGUGGUGAUCAAAUACAUCGACAAGGUCAAAGUCACGUUUAUUGAAAUGGAGGGGGAUGGGAUCUCCACACGUCUCCCAGAGGAGGUGUAUUUUUUGAGGAGAGUGGGAGCCGGCCCUGACGACGAUGACUCCAGUGUGACGCCUCAGGUCUUGGACUGGUACGACCUGGGGCCUGAGGUAGCACUGGUCCUAGAGAAACCGUCACCAUGCAUGGAUCUGUUCGAUUACCUCCAAGACAGUCUUCCAGCUGGUGUCCCGGUCUCAGAGACAAAGAUCAUUUUCCGUCAUUUGGUGGAUGCCGCCAUCGAAAUGGAGGCUAAAGGAGUGUUCCACCGGGACAUUAAACCCGAGAACAUCCUGAUCGAGACCGGAGGAGAAAUGCCCAGAGCCCGGUACAUCGACUUCGGCUGGGCGAUCAACUUCACUCCUGGGCAGACGUUUGAUGAACAGUAUGGGACUCCACAGUACUUGGCUCCAGAGUGGUACCGAGACCGCCGGUACACGUCCGCCUCCGUUACGGCCUGGCAGCUGGGAGUGGUGCUCUUCAUGAUGCUGUUCAACAUGCACCUUAACAUCAACGAGGACACCAUAGCAUCCAUGAGAGAAGUUCCAUUCCCCAAACCUUUGCCAGAAGAAUGCCGAGACCUACUGAGAGGCUGCCUGGCGCUGAACCCAAAGAAGCGCCUCUCGCUGCAGGAGAUGAGGGACCAUCCGUGGUUAAAGCCAAACUGA